AUGCCUCAGAGACACUCGAAGAACAACAACGAUCUCGCGUUCUUCACGUACGACGAGAAGCGAAAACUAGGGUAUGGAACCCAGAAAGAGAGAUUGGGGAAAGACUCCAUCAAGCCCUUCGACGCGUGCUGCCUCUGCCUCAAAUCCCUAAUCGAUCCCAUGAGCUGCCACAAGGGUCAUCUCUUUUGCAAAGAGUGCAUUCUUCAGUGCCUCUUGUCUCAGAAGAAAGACAUUCAAAGGAAACUUGCAGCCCAUGCUGCUCAGCAGAAGCAAGAAAAGGAGGAGGAAGAAGAGAAGUUGAUGUUGCAAAAGGCUAAAGAGCUUGAUGCAUUUGAUCAACAAAAUCAUGGUGCUGUACCACAAUACAGUGACAGAAAUUAUAGCCGGGAUAAAAAUGGUUUCCAUGGGGCAAACAGUGUGAAGGUCACUUCCUAUGAGGAAGAAGCCCUACGGACGAUGAAGGCAUUUUGGCUGCCUUCUGCUACGCCAGAAGCUUCUGUUAAAGUAGAAGCACCUUCUACCAGUACCAUCUGCCCGGAAGGCAAGGAGAAACUGAAGUUGAAGACACUUUUCCCUGUCCAGUUUACUGAGGAUACAAGUGAGCAGAAAAAAUCCAAGGUACUUGACAAGACCUACAUUUGCCCAAGCUGCAAAGUUACUCUCACCAACACAAUGUCGCUUGUGGCCCUCAGUUCAUGUGGCCAUGUAUUUUGCAAGAAGUGUGCUGACAGAUUUAUGGCUGUUGAUAAAGUGUGUCUUGUUUGCAACAAGGCUUGUAAAGAGAGAAAUUUGGUGAAUUUGGAGAAGGGAGGAACAGGUUUUACUGCUCAUGGGGAUCAUCUUCAAGCCACGGACUUCAAGCAUUUGGGAAGUGGUACUGGAUUAGGGCUGGUUAGACCUGCAAUGAAAACUUGA